AUGGCUGAAUUCAUAAGUAUCCUGCAAGAAAUAAAACUCCUUCCCGAAGACGUGCACCUCUUCUGCCCAAAGAAGAACGACACAGAUCCAGACCGGUUCGAAGACUUGCACAGUCUCAAGGUCGACCUGAAUACAACCUCCGACCCAGACCGACAACAACGAAUCGAAGAGACUGCGCAACGUAAGAGGAAGUUCAUUUCAUCUCUACAACUACUAGCCUACGAUGGCCAAGAAUCCGAGCAAUAUCAGCGUUUCAUCUGGGACAAAAUCGAUGAGGCUCUUGGGAAAUGUGACAUCUGCAUUCGUGAGUACUAUGUCGGCAAAGCUGAGUUCAUCAACACUCUAAGACAAGACUAUGUCGAGGAUGAAAUCAAGACGUUUUUUGAUAUUAUCAAUCGUCGAGACAUCACCCGCAUCAUAGAAGGUCUUUCCAACAUGGAGAAGGCUUUGAUUUCGGUACCUGAGAAACAGAGAGGCUUUCGGGACCUGCAGCAGAAGGAUAUCCAUGCCCUCUUUGAGGCUCUCGUCAGUGAGCCAUUCCUCCAAGACGAAGAACAGGUUCAGAAACAUUUUGAUGAGCCUUUCAAACUGAUUCAGGCGAGGAAACCGCUUAAGAUGCGAGAAAUCCUUCCUGGUGCGGUUCGCUUUCUCUUUGAUUCAAAGCCACUCAGACUCUCUUGGGCCACAUCCGUGGUUUGGUCGAAAAUCAAUAGAUGUCCUACUGACCUUGAGUGGGACUGGGCCAUAAAGGAUCAGUUGAAAUUGAAGCUGGAGCACGCGGCCGAUCCAGCCGACAUUGCUCGGCUCUGGAGUGGAUUGAAACUCAUUGUGAGCAAGCUUGAUGAGAACAUGAUUACCCAUAAACUCUUCGAUCUACAGCCUUCAGUGGCCACCACGGGGCUGAACCAUCUAGCCAAGCGAACGCAGGCAAUCCCAUUCAUCGUCCAAACCUGGAAACUCAUUUUGGAAAAGGCUCCGGAUGCUUUCUGGCAAGGAAUGCAGUCGGUGCCCUCACACACGAUUGUUGAACAAGUCUUCUCAAGUCCACAUUUCAACAAGUGUCUCCAAGAAUCUAUCAAUCAACCUGAACUACCAGAGUUGGACGUGCUAUCCUGGAUACCUUCAUUCCUCAGAUCUCACAAGCCUGCAAACCGUCUGCCUGCCUCGCAGACCCUUGUCUACCAGCUAUUCGAGAGAGUCGACGAUAUCAACCUGAGCCUUCCAGUCAGAACUGCUUGCUUUGAAAUGGCCGUGAAAGUUCUUCUAGAAACCAUUGUUGUCUUUUCUGACAACGAGAAGAAUAGGCAGGCUGUUGAGCGGUUGGUUCUGUCAGACACCCUCAGUUUGAUCGGGCACAGAAUUGAUCAGAUACUGAAGCCAAAAGACUUGUCAUUGGCAAACUCACCAUCGACUGCUACUAAGGAUAAUAUUAUGAGUAUUAUCCGGAACGCUGUCGCUCUUGAGUGCCAAUGUUUAAAGUCAGAUUUUGAGAUACUGUCGAGAAAAGAAUCUCUGCCGCACGGGUCUAGCUCUUACACACCUGAGAUAUGGGUGUCAAUCAUUGCCAACCUGAGAGACGAUGACACUGCACUAUCCUCUGCCGCAUUGCUCGGUACCAUGUCUUUACCCGGGCUCGAGCAGUUCCGAGUGAAGACUGGAGACCCGCUUUCAAAGGAAAAGACGACAUUCAACCUGAUCUUUACAAAACUCACUGGAAUGGUGGCCAAAGUGCUUGAGCGAAUUACUGAGUUUAGCCCUACGCACCUCGAUACUCUGUUCAGAGCACAGAAUACCAGCAUGGCUUUGAUUGCAGCGUUAUUCUCGUCAGACGAAAGCACUUACCAGGCUGCAAUUGAGCUGAUCAAGAAUAUCAGCGGCGAGUCUGGCAGAAAGGAGGCUCUAGCGCAUCUCAUCGAUGCAUUCCUCGGUACAACGAUCUAUGGGCUAUGUUGGACAUAUCGAAGGAUAGCCAAUUUCAAGACUUUCACCUCGGUUCCUCGAAUGCUCAAGAACGGCAUGGAAAUUCUUGAUGUUUUGUGCAAUCCCACUGACGGUCAAUUGAGACGAAGCAACAUCUCUAACAGAGAUGCUUCUGCAGUCUCGAACUACUGGUCCUAUCAAUGGAUUGCUCUUCGGGUGAUUUUCAGCCAGGCAGAACGGUGGUCCAUCGAGGCCCAUAGCAAGGAAGCGAUGAUGGAGGUAUGCCGCGAUACAAUGCAGUAUGCACGCCAGUUGUUCGAUCAGUACGCUGUGUUUGCGAGUGUUCUGAUUGCUGCAAAGCCUGACAGGGAAAAGGAGAUCCCUAUGCAAUUAUUGGAUCCGGGUGAUGCACAGUUGGGAUCUCCUCUUCAAGCACUUGAUGCCAUGUCCAAAUGGUUAAGACUUCGUGAUGAAUAUCUUGCCGACACCUUGGUCUCUCUCAUCGAACGUAUGCUGGAUCAGUUAAAACGCCAUCAGGCAGUCGCAACCGAUAAUGAUGGACUUGCAUAUGUUCAAGAAGUCGCCACAAAAUCUUCCAUCAAGACCAUCCUCUCCCCCUCUCAGAAGGCUCGGCUUGUACGAGCAUUGGAACAAUACUAUGGCCGGCAGAUAGAGAAGCCAGUUGCUAAGAAACAAGCGACGCUGAACAUCAAAGACUGGACUGACUCUGCUGCUGUGUCUCAGUCAAGAGUUUCGUCCAAGGCUAAUAGUGCAGACGAAUUUGGGGAUGACGAUAUUCCAGAUGAUGAGCUGAUUGAGAUGACAAGCAGGGCCGCAGACCCUCGUAAGUCGACAAAUGCACCAAUCGAGCGAAAGACCAUCAAGCCUCUUGUGACCAAGUCGCUCAAGCCUGUCAAACCAAAAGCGCCCUCCCUUUCUGCUGUCGAGCAAGCAGCAAACAGAUCCGAACAGGCGAAAGCCUUUAUCGAAAAUCGGAAGCGAGAGGAGGCAGCUCGCAAGCUGCGAGACAAAGAAGCUGCUCUAAGACUCCGAGGGCAGACUGGCGUUGGCCAGCAAACAAGUGGCCAGGGAUCCGGUAUGGCAGGCCUCGGAGUGCAGGGCAAGGACCAUUCCUUGGGACGAAGUGAUUUGAUGGUUUCCGAUGAUAGUGUCUCGGAUUCUGACUCUGAUGAAGAUGAGCUCUUCGGGCCUAGUCGACGGGGACCAACCGUGCGCACUCAAGGUGGCCGGCGUUCAGUAAUUCCACAAGGCCCAGUGCGCGUCAAAAGAGCCAUGCAAACACAGAGAGAUAUGAGAUCACGCCUAGCUCCCGACCUGGACGAUCUCCAUAAAACUAUCCUAAGUUGGGACUUCUUUGCAGAGACCGAACUCCCACCCAAUUCGACCAAAGAUGACUACACACUGGUGUCCAGCACUUUCAGAUCCGCCGAAGACUACCAGAAGACCUUCGAACCAUUAUUAUUGCUCGAAGGAUGGCAACAAUUCAGAUCUGCUCGUGAAGAAGGUAAUUUCAAACCAUUUGAGAUCAAGAUUUCCAAUUCCUUGAUUGUCGAUAGCUUCUUGGAGCUCAACUCGGAAAUGCCGUUCUCGGAGGGCAGGGAUCUUGGUGUCAGCGCAACGGAUAUCGUGCUUCUAUCAAAAUCGAAAACCCCUGACCGCGACCCCAAUGAGCCUCACUGUCUGGCCCGGGUGAAGGAGAUCACCCGGAAGAAAGGUGCCAUCCAGAUCGUCUACAAAAUCAGCGCUUCCAACAACUCCUUACGCCCUUUUCUCAACAACAAGGCAAGUAUCUACGGUGUUUCAGUCAACUCACUUGCAACUCUAGAGCGAGAAUAUGGUGCUUUGAAGGCUUUGCCAUACUACUAUCUGAGCGAUUACAUCGUCAAAGCCGAGCCUUCAGGCAUGCUCGAAUACUCGGAACAGGAGUUACUUCCCCUGACUUCCACGUAUAAUGUCAACCUUGCACAAGCCAAGGCUGUCAAGUCCGCUCUCGAUAACGACGCAUUCACUCUUGUCCAAGGACCUCCCGGAUCGGGAAAGACCAAGACUAUCUGUGCUCUCGUCGGUGCCAUGUUGACCGCUCCUGGCAAGCGACCCAAGAGCUACACCUCCCGGGUGAACACUUCUGGUGGCAUCUCUGACACUGUACCAAACAAAAUCCUGAUUUGUGCGCCCAGUAACGCAGCAGUUGACGAACUAGUUAUAAGACUCAAGGAAGGUGUCACAUUGAUGGAUGGCACACAGGAGAACCUCCCUGUCGUCCGUCUGGGGCGUUCUGAAGCCAUAAACAGUCAGGUCAAGGAUGUCACCCUGGAGGAGCUGGUGAACGCCAAGCUCAACUUGAAUGCACCUCAAGACCCCAGAGAAGAUAUUCACUCGGUAAUGAAGGAGCACAAAGCUGUAUCCGAGAGCCUUCACGAACUUCGAAAUAAGAUCAAUAGUCAACGUGCAGAAGGUAAAACAGUGGAGUCAGCGGAUGAACAGUUGAUGGACAUGAUGAAACGCAAACAAGGUGGCUUGUCGACACAGAUUGACAAGAUGAGAGAGAAACAGAACACUGCUUCGCGCGAUUCAGAAUUGAAUCGAAGAAGAGCUCAGCAAGAAGUCUUGAACAAUGCGAAGGUACUCUGCGCCACUCUCAGUGGUAGUGGUCACGAACUAUUCCAGGGUCUCAGUAUUGACUUCGAUACUGUUAUCAUUGACGAGGCCGCCCAGUCAAUCGAGCUUUCAGCACUUAUCCCACUGAAGUACAAUUGUGCCAAGUGCAUCCUAGUUGGUGAUCCGAAACAGCUUCCACCAACUGUUCUUUCAAGGCAAGCAGCGAAGUUUCAAUACGAGCAAAGUUUGUUUGCACGAAUGGAGAAGAAUCACCAAAAGGAUGUUCAUCUACUGGAUACCCAGUAUCGUAUGCAUCCAGAUAUCAGUCUCUUCCCCAGCAAGGCCUUUUAUGAUAGCCGACUCAAGGAUGGCCCGAAUAUGGCUCAGCUUCGCAGACGACCAUGGCAUAACAGCGAAAUUCUUGCGCCCUACCGGUUCUUUGACGUUCAAGGAAUGAGUCAUUCGAGCACGAAAGGCCAUUCGCUGGUCAAUGUUGCCGAGCUUAAUGUUGCUAUGCAGCUCUACGACCGGUUGACGACCGAUGUUCACAAAUAUGACUUUUCAGGGAAGAUUGGUAUCAUCACUCCGUAUAAAGGACAACUCCGAGAGCUCAGACUACGUUUCCAGCAACGUUACGGCGAAAGUAUCCUCUCAAAGAUUGAAUUCAAUACCACUGAUGCAUUUCAGGGUCGAGAAUGUGAAAUCAUUAUCUUUUCCUGCGUCAGAGCAUCUACUCAGGGUAUUGGUUUCUUGAAGGAUAUUCGCCGCAUGAAUGUCGGUUUGACUCGAGCCAAAUCGUCUCUUUGGAUUCUAGGCAACUCAGAGGCAUUGAUUCAAGGAGAAUUCUGGCGAGCUUUGGUGGAAGAUGCCAGAACUAGGCAGGCUUACACUGAAGGUGACAUCAUGAGUCUUCUGCGUCGUCCCCUUCUCACAGACGACAUGAUGAAGGAUGACCUCGAGAUGAUGGACGUAGAUGCAACUGUUCCCAAGCCAGAAAGUGAGGGGCCCGCAAAGCGCAAUAGCGAGCUCAUGUCAGGUGUGACAGAAUCUUCAACCGCGAUCUCAAGAGUUACCAAAAAGGAAUCCACUUCUCGCACGUCGUCAGGUCGUAGCACGCCACUGGCUUCAAGACCGAGCAGCGCUCUUUCUCGGAAUUCAUCUACCACUUCUUCAGUCACGAAACCGGAGCGCCGAGAGUCUAACAAAGUCGAAUCAUUGCGAGAUAAUUCAAAGAAAGACAACAAAAAGAGCGACUCUUUGCCUUCACCUGGGAAUCAUGAAGCCGAAGUGGGUCCUCAACCAGUUACCAGCCAAUAUGACAUUGGCGUUUAUGGUCCAUCAGGGGGCUCCAAUGGGCUCAAUACCCAGGGCAACUGCGUCAUCUGCGGAUCUUAUGCUCAUUAUAGCUUCAAUUGUGAUCAUCCAGAGGCUUUCAAGGCUGCAAUUGGGACAUGCCUUCGAUGCCAUCUGCCAGGCCACUUAGUUGGUAGCUGUUCCGAUCCACGAUGCAUAGAAUGCGGUGAAGUGGGACAUCAAACCAAGGAUUGCAAAGCUUUGGAUAAAUACAAAUUGACGCGUGAUCAGCAGGAGACUGUCAAGAGAGAAGAGAUUAAGUGGGGUCGGAUUCGUGAUAAGGAACGCGAGCGCCGAGCUCAGAAGCAGCUUGGUGAACAUGGAGCAACAGUCCCAGUUGUCAAGAGCAGCAUUCCCCAAGGGCCAGCUGCAUUGACCCAAGCGAAGAGAAAGCAAGAGGAGGGGAUGCGAGAUCAGAACAAAAAUAAAGUUCCUCGCGUGGACAGCAGUAAUUCCAAUGAUCGCCUACCAAGACCACGCACCUCAAAUGCUCUCCAACCUAAUGCUAUUCCACCUCACCCUCGCUCCGGCAUACGUCCGCCAGAAAAUGCUCCUGCUGGACCAGGUCUUCCCAGACAGCCACCAAAUGGUCCAAAUGGCAGACCUGGAAUGCCGCCAGGACCUACAGGACCACCAAUUAUCCGUCGCAAGAAAGCCAACGCCGAUGCUAUGUUUGUCACGAAAAAGCGUUGA